GGAGGCAUUCCGUUUCCCGGGAGACCCGCGGAAGAAGGCGGAGGCUGCGAGGAACUCCGGGAAGCCAUGGACGUCGAGAGGCUGCAGGAGGCGCUGAAAGAUUUUGAGAAGAGGGGGAAAAAGGAAGUUUGUCCGGUCCUGGAUCAGUUUCUUUGUCAUGUAGCCAAGACUGGAGAAACAAUGAUUCAGUGGUCCCAGUUUAAAGGCUAUUUUAUUUUCAAACUGGAGAAAGUGAUGGAUGAUUUCAGAACUUCAGCUCCUGAACCAAGAGGUCCUCCCAACCGUAAUGUCGAAUAUAUUCCCUUUGAUGAAAUGAAGGAAAGGAUACUGAAAAUUGUCACUGGAUUUAAUGGUAUACCUUUUACUAUGCAGCGACUAUGUGAAUUGCUCACAGAUCCAAGGAGAAACUAUACAGCAACAGACAAAUUUCUCAGAGGAGUAGAAAAGAAUGUGAUGGUUGUUAGCUGUGUUUAUCCUUCUUCAGAGAAGAACAAUUCCAAUAGUUUAAAUCGAAUGAAUGGUGUUAUGUUUCCUGGAAAUUCACCAAGUUACACUGAAAGGUCUAAUAUAAAUGGACCUGGAACACCCAGGCCACUUAAUCGACCAAGUUUGUCAGUCCCCAUGACAACUAAUGGCUUACCUGAGAGCACAGACAGAGAGUCAAACUUAAAGCAAAAUGAGGACAAAAAUCACAGUGACUCUUCGACAUCUGAAUCCGAAGGUUCCUCAGUGAGCCCUAUAAAACGUAAACAUCCAGGUGAAGAUACUGUGGAAGCUGAGGGGCAUGAGGCAAAAAGACUCAGGUUUGACAAAGAAAGUGACGUCAGAGAGAUGGCCAGUCAAACAUCUUCCAGUGAAAUUUCUUCAGUUAUGGUAGAAGAAGCAGAAGCUCCAUCUUCAUCUCAGAAUAAAGACAAAGAAAGUAGUUGUGCCAGGCAGCACUGUACAGAAGAGGAUGAAGAAGAGGAUGAAGAGGAAGAAGAAGAGUCUUUUAUGACAUCAAGAGAAAUGAUCCCAGAAAGAAAAAAUCAAGAAAAAGAAUCUGAUGAUGCCUUAACUGUGAAUGAAGAGACUUCUGAGGAAAAUAAUCAAAUGGAGGAAUCUGAUCUGACUCAAGUUCAGAGAGGUUUACAUUCUGAAGGUAGUGAAAAUACGGGCCCUGUAAGUAGUUCCAAUUGCCAUGAAACGGAAGAAUUAAUAGGAUCCAAUUCCAGUAAAACUGGAGAGAGUCUCUCAGAAUCAUCCAUGGAAGCCACAGAAGUCACAGAUGAACCAAUGGAACAAGACUAA